CUCGAGCUUCUUAUUCUGUCUUGACAAUCUGCCCGGGGACAGAUCAUAACACAAAAUCCAUUGUGGCAACCUCUGAGGCAGUGGUGAAAUGCAGCCUGCCGGCAUUUGGAUUGGGAACUUUGCCCACAGCUUGAAUGAAAGCCAUUAUCAACUCUCUAUUCCACCGGAAUAUGCUCAGGGCCUCAGGCAACGACUCCAAGGUUCCCCGCAUCUGGCCGGUUUUCCCCGCGGAAUAUAAGAGCCUGAUCUUCUGCUUCUCUUCUCUUCCUUUCACCUAACUGAUUCUCUUGACACUUCUUCCCACCGGUAUAUCUACGCUAUCAUAACAAAAUGGCAUCUAUUUCCAGAGCUUGUCGCAUCCGUAACCCAGCUUUAUUCAUAUGCGACAUCCAAGAAAAAUUCAGCCCGAUCAUCUAUGAAUUCCCGAAAAUAGUCACAACAACAAUCAAACUCCUCCAAGCAUCCAAACCCCUAAACCUCCCCGUCUACAUCACAACCCAGAACCGUACCCGGCUAGGCCCCACGGUCUCUUCCCUGCAAAGCCACAUCGCGGGCUCGAACGUGCGCGCGGACGUGGACAAAACGCUCUUCUCGAUGAUAACGCCGGAGAUUGACGCGUUGCUGCCGAGGGUAGGCGGUGCGGGAGAGGAAGGCCUGGAUGUGGUUCUCGUGGGGAUUGAAGCGCAUAUCUGCGUUACGCAGACGACGCUGGAUCUGCUGGAGCGCGGACAUCGAGUGUAUUUGGUGGUGGAUGGGGUGAGUAGCGUUAAUGCGGAGGAAAGGGGGGUGGCGUUGGCGCGGUUGCGCGAUGCCGGGGCGAUUGUGACGACGAGCGAGAGUAUUCUGUUUGAGAUUUUGGGGGAUGCAGGACAUGCGCAGUUCAAGGCUAUUAGUGGGUUGGUGAAGGAGACGAAGAAGGAGACGAAGGAGGCUUUGGAGGUGCUUUCAAAAAUUUAAUCAGUUGAAUUGAGAAAAAAAAUUUUUUGGAUUUAGAAUUUAUAAGUAAGGGAGUACGAGUAACUAAUGGGAUGGAUGUUACUGAUUGAUACUUCUGUGAUUUACUACGCUAAGAAGCCAGCUACCGCAUAGUACAGCUAUGUGUGAUGAUGUCGGUGGAUGCGAGGAACAGGAUUUACGAACAGUCAUCCAAAACUUUUUUUUUGACAUGCGGCCGAAACACUGCCUUUUUGCCUCAUGGGGGAUUCUUCAGGUGCGUGAUGAUGGCCUGAU